AAACAGAUUAUCAACGAUGGACAUGGAAGUUAAUGAGGAGAGAGGUACGACACAUGAACUUUUAAUCAAAAAGCACAUAGAAUAUGUUGUAAAUCAUGGAAACGACAAAAAUGACUUUGAGUAUACAAUGACAGAAUUUCUACGAAUGAGUGGAAUAUAUUGGGGUACAACAUGUUUAGAUAUUAUGGGCCAACUAGAUAAACUUGACAAAAAAUCAAUAAUAGAAUUCAUCAAAAAAUGUCAGUGUGGGUCGAGUGGAGGCAUUUCAGCAUGUGAUGGUCACGAUCCUCAUCUGCUUUAUACUUUAAGUGCUAUUCAAAUUCUUUGCACUUAUGAUGCAUUGCAUGAAAUUGAUAUUCAAGCGGUUGGAAAAUAUGUUCAAUCGCUACAACAACCAGAUGGAAGCUUUUUCGGGGAUAAAUGGGGAGAAAUUGAUACAAGAUUCUCAUUCUGUGCUGCUGCUAUAUUAGCUCUUACCAAUCAAAUUCACCUUAUCGAUGUUAAAAAAGCUACUGAGUUUGUUCUAUCGUGUGCGAAUGCUGAUGGUGGAUUUGGAUCAAAGCCAUAUGCUGAAAGUCAUGCUGGACUUAUUUAUUGCUGUGUAGGAUUUCUCUCAAUUACUCACAAUCUUCAUAGACUUGAACGUGAAAAACUUGCAUGGUGGCUUUGUGAAAGACAAUUAAAGUCUGGUGGGCUUAAUGGACGACCUGAAAAACUUCCUGAUGUUUGUUAUUCAUGGUGGGUUCUCGCAUCUCUUACCAUUCUUGGCAGACUUCAUUGGAUAAGCAGUGAAAAACUCAAAGAAUUUAUUUUACUGUGUCAAGAUGCUGACACUGGCGGAUUUAGUGCCCGUCCAGGAAAUAUGCCAGACAUAUUUCAUACUCUUUUCGGUGUUGGAGCAUUGUCGCUUCUCGGCUACCAGAAUCUUAAGAAAAUCAACCCAACCUUCUGUAUGCCCGAAGAAAUAGUUCAGAAAUUGUAUCAAGUUCAGAUCUUAGAAUCAUAACUAACUCGUAUGAAGCACACUUUGAUUGAACUUUGUUUCCUUAGCCUUCUUAUUCUUUUUUUGCUCUUAUUCCAAACUAUGAUAAGCAUAAAGCAAUUAAAUGUUAAGAUCAAAAUUAAAUCUUGUUUAAUAAACUAUAUACAAGCUAUAAAAAUUUACUAUGUACAUCUGUACAUAUAUGUACAUAUAUAAAUUUCGAG